AUGGCCGAGGCAGGCCCGGCUGCCUUGGUGUCUUCGGCACACCUGGCGCGCAGCGCGCUCGUGUACGAGGAGGGGGGCUCCUCUGGCCACCACUACCCUGGGGGCUCGCACCCGGAGCAGCCCGCUCGCGCCACCGCGCUCUGGGCGGAGCUCUGCGCCGAGGGGCUUGCUGGCGCGGCGCUGCGCGUGCCCGCCCGGCUGGCGACCGAGGACGAGAUUUGCCUGGUGCACGAGCGCUCGCAUUGGCGACGUCUCGAGGAGGUCGUUCGGCUGGAGGCGAGCGAGCUCCGCCGCUGGUGCGAACAGCAGGACUCGCUCUACCUCAACGGCGCCGGCUCACUCACCGCUGCGCGGCUCGCGUGCGGCUCGCUGCUCGCGCUAACCGAGGAGGUGAUGGCGGGGCGUGCGCGCAACGGGCUCGCCGUCGUGCGGCCGCCAGGCCACCACGCCGAGCGCCACCGAGCGAUGGGGUUCUGCGUCAUUAACUCGGUGGCCGCGGCGGCCGCGCACGCUCGCGCGGCGCUGGGCGCGCGGCGCGUUCUGGUCGUCGACUGGGACAUCCACCACGGCAACGGCAUCCAGCGCGCCUUCGAGGCCGACCCGUCCGUGCUGUACUUUAGCGUCCACCGGCUCGAGCGCGGAACCUUCUUCCCCGCCGACGUGGACGUGGCGGGGGCGGAGUAUGCAGCCGAGAUGUCGCCGAGCGGCGUGGGCAAGGGAGUCGGCGAGGGCACGAGCGUCAACGUCGGCUGGAACACGCGCGGCUCCGCCUCCAGGCCGGGCGACGCCGAGUACUUGGCCGUGUGGGACGAGCUGCUACUCCCGAUCGCGACCGAGUUCAGCCCCGACCUCGUCAUCGUCGCGGCCGGGUACGACGCGGCGGAGGGGGACCCCCUUGGAGGCUGCCACGUCACUCCGGCCGGCUACCACGCGCUCACCCGCCGGCUGAUGCGCCUCGCGGGGGGGCGGCUGGUCGUGGCACUCGAGGGCGGCUACUCCAUCUCGGCCACUGCCGCGUGCGGUGCCGCCACAAUGGCAGCGCUACUCGGUCUCGACUCCACGCCGUCCGCUGCUGCCGCAGCGGCCGCCGAUGCCGCCGCCGCCGAUGCCGCCGCCGCCGCCGCUUCCGCUGAAGCCGCCGCCGCCGCCGCCGCCGCCGCCGCCGCUUCCGCUGAAGCCGCCGCCGCCGCCGCCGCCGCCUUCGCGGUCGCGGCUCCCGCUUCGGCCGUUGCGCCGAGGCGCGGCGGGCGGGCGCGGGCGGCAGGGGACACGCCCUCCAAGGAAGCGCCGGCGACGCCCGUUGGUGAGCGCGCGGCGCGCGAGCUGAAGAAGCUGGCCGCGUCUGCCGGCGCCGAGCAGGCUCAGAGCAGCCGGGAGGCUCGCGCCGCCGAGCGGCAGGCGGCAAGGCUGCGCUUGGCGCGGGACGGGUUCGGACAGGGCGGCGACAAGGGCACGCCGUCUGCGCGGCGCCGCGCACAUGAGGGCUCGGCGGCAGCCGCCGCCCGCCGGAGCAUCGAUGAGGCCAAGGCAGUGCAGCGGCGGUACUGGCGGUGCCUGAGCCCUGACUGA